AUGUUUGCAUCAAUGAAAAAGACCGAACAAACAAAAAAAUACAGAGUUCCUUACGGAACUUUCGAACUCUUUGAUGCAGACAUACCAUUCACUUGUCAGAAUGGAGAAAACAAGGAAGUUAUCAAUUUUCAUUUAAAAAUGUCUAAGAAAAGACUUCUAGAUACUCUCAAAUGGCUUAAAUUCGAAAUUACUUUAGAUUCAGAUAUAUUUUAUCUUAUAGAAUCCAAAUUUACUGCAGAAGAUUACGAUAAACUAAUUCAACAAAGCAAAACUAAAGCAAAUUUUGAACAAUUUGCAUACGAACUUUUAGAUAUUCUUAGAAAUACUACGAAAAAUCAAAAGAAGUAUAAUGUAACGUUUUAUCCCAAUGAAGAUGGGGCAAAAAUUAUCAUUCAAAAACUUACAGAUUUACAAAUAAUAGAAUUGUUAACACCUACUUUCGUUAAGGCUAACAAUAGCGAUGCAUUGACUCGAGGAAAUAACAAAAUUGAAGCGCUCAAACAGAAAUUAUAUGCAAAAGAAUCAGAAAUCAAGCAAUUUUUCAAAGAGAUAAAGAAGAAAGAUGCAGUAAUGUACGAUUUAUACUUCAAAAAAUUAGAUAUUUAA